AUGGCUCAGACUACGGUUCUCCAGUAUGAAGCACCCUGGCCCGUGUACGCACUCGACUGGUGCAAAUCCGCCCCGCCCGGACAGCAAGUGCGCACCCGCUCCUCCUUCCGGCUCGGCAUCGCCUCGCUCACGUCGGACUACCGGAAUCGGAUCGCGAUCGUCGGCCUGCAAGACGAGCGGGUGCUGGUGGAGGACGACGACUACGCGGACUACCCCGACUUCGCGACGCUCGUCGAGGCCCAGCACGGAUACCCGGCGAGCCGCCUGCAGUGGCAGCCGAGCACCUCGAACUCGUUCGCGUGGAGCCAGAAGGCGGUCAACGCGGAGCUGCUCGCGACGACGGGGGACGCGCUGCGCGUGUGGGAGUACGCGAGCGACGCGCCGCCCGCGGGCGGGACGGGCUACGUCGGACGGCAGGGGAGCGGGAGCAACCAUCGGCUGACCCUGAAGACGGCGCUGUCUGGGCAAAGCAAAGUACAGAACAACAACACCGGCGCCCCGCUCACCUCUUUCUCGUGGAAUGAAAAGUCACCAAGUCUAGUCGUCACCUCCUCGAUCGACACAACGUGCACGGUCUGGAACAUCGAUACCUCGACUGCGAUCACCCAGCUCAUCGCGCAUGACCGAGAAGUGUACGAUGUCGCGUGGCUGCCCGGAUCGACGGACAUCUUUGUGUCCGUCGGCGCCGACGGCUCACUCCGCGCGUUCGAUUUGCGUUCGCUGGAGCACUCCACGAUCCUCUACGAGACCCCGGCACCGAAGAACAUGCCAGCGCCGACGGCGUCCCCGUCGAGCAGCGCUCGGCCGCCGACGUCACCUCUGCUCAGGAUCGCCUUCAACCCGGCGGACUCAAACUACAUGUCGACGUUCCACAUGGACGGGAGCGACAUCCAAAUUCUGGACAUGCGGAGUCCAGGACAGCCAGUGAUGGAGCUUCGGUCUCACAAGGCGCAGGUGAACGCGCUCGCGUGGAGCUCGUCCGACUCUCAGUUGCUCGGGACCGUCGGCGACGACUGCCAACUCCUCCUCUGGGACCUCGCGCCCCACACGGCGGCGUCGGCGGCAUCUCCACGGCCGACGGGGACGGGUCUGUCGUCGCCGCGGCCGGACGCGAAGAAGCGGGUGGUGCAGGACCCGGUGAUGGCGUACACGGGCGCGAGCGAGAUUGCGAACCUGGCGUGGUCGCCGCCGAUCGCUGGGAUGAGCACCGCGUCGGGGCACUCGGCGGGCCCUGGGGAGUGGAUCGCGAUCGCGAUGGGCAAGUCGAUCAAGGCGUUGAAGGUGUAA